GCAGUCACAUGUUCAGGCUUAGAUGCCUUUAAUCCCACCCUCACUGCCUGAGAGGGAGGAGAAAAAUUUGCAGGAGAGAAGUGAGCAACAAGCAGAGUGGCAAGACAGCAGAAAACAGAGCUGCACGGAUUUCCUCUGCUAGGAGCACCGAGUUUGGGUGGUGCACAGCCCAUGCCGCUGGAGAGCAGGGAAAAGGAAAGCAAGGGACAUGCUGGAUUUACGGAGAGCCCGCGGCUCCUGCACGCUCCAGGGUGUCUCCUGACUCGCAAGGCUGCUGAACAGAGAAGGUUUUGAUGAAAGAGUGUGAGUUUGGUACCCAUUGCACCAAUGACAUCUUGCCAUCCAAAGCAGAUGCAGAAGAAUUGAUGGGGGCAUGAAUAGAGCAGGAGUGCCUUCCUUCACCAGGAGCCAUGUUGCACCAAGGCUGGCAGCUCUAUGGGAAGUGGUGCCGCUGGUCCAGCCCUUUCAUGCACCUCCUCAYGCUGACCGUGGUGACAUUCGGUGUGCUGGCUCCUUUGAUGUGUCACCGGCUCCUCCACUCCUAUUUCUACCUGCGGCACUGGCACCUGACCCCCAUGAGCCAGGAGUUCCUGGAGCAGAACCGACAGGAGGGUCAGGCUGCUCUCCGUUACUUUGAGGAGCUGCAGGUACUGAACACUACUGAGGCAUCCAGCGGUGAGGCCUUCCGGCCCUUCCUGCUUGUCACCAUUAUUACUGUGCAGCGGCGGAGUGAUUUCCACUACGUCCUGCAAGUAGCCUCCCGCUUCCACCACCUCCUCCGGCGGUGUGGCACACGCUGCCAAAGCCACCGCAUCCUCCUCUGCAAUGUGGAACCAGACCCUCACAGCCACCAGGAUGUGAGGCUGCUUAGCAGUUUUUUUCCCAUGGUUAGUCGUGACCAGAUCAAGGAGGACCCUAACCCUAGAAUGAACCAGUUUGAGAAGGAGAAGCAGGACUAUGUCUUCUGCCUUGAGCAGUCACUGUCAGUCUAUAACCCAGAGUACAUCCUGAUAGUGGAAGAUGACGCUGUGCCAGAGGAGGAGAUAUUCCCUGUCCUUCAGCACCUCUUGCUGGCCCGUUUUUCCAAGCCAUACCUCAGAGAUGCRCUCUACUUCAAGCUUUACCACCCCGAGAGACUUCAACGCUAUUUCAACCCCGAACCCAUGAGAAUUCUGGAGUGGCUAGGUUUGGGAAUGUUCCUGGGGCCAGUACUGAACUGUGUGUACUCCUGGGCAGCCGGCCGCCCAAGCCUUAGCUGGCCCAUUGUCUUGUUCUUUGCGUUGUACAGCAUGGUGCUCUCAGAGCUGGUGGGACGCCACUACAUGCUGGAGCUGCGCCGCCUGGCUCCCACGCUCUACAAUGUUGUGCCUGUCACUGAAUGCUGCACGCCUGCCAUGCUCUUCCCCGCUCCUUCUGCCCGCCGUGCCUUAAGCUACCUGAAGGGGCUGCACUGCCGCCAGGGUUUUGCUAAGGAUAUAGCCCUCUACUCGCUGCUACGAACUAAGGGGGAGAACGCCUACGCGGUGGAACCCAACCURGUGCGGCACGUAGGCUUGUAUUCCAGCCUGCGGUUAAAUGACAACCCCAAGCUGUUGUGAUCUGCCCGUGCCCGUCGAGACACAAAGACAGGAGAGCUUUGCCACGUCACAGAGACCCAUUCUGAAAAUUCAAAUACUGUGCCUCUCACACACAAUGUGCUAUGCCUCCAAGUGAAUUUC